UUUGAGAUAAAAUGAGGCAAUUUGACAUGGUGUAAAGUGUGUCUGUCAGCUGUUGAAAGUUGAUACAUGUCCUAAGAGGGCAUUAAUGUUUGCAACAAACACGUCAGCAGGAUUUCAUUCCCUAUAACCUGCCUAUGAGUGCGUCCCUUUGUUGCAUAGCGUUAUAAUAAAUAAGGGGUCAGUGAUGGCUCAGUUAAGACUAUAAAUUAAACAUAAAUUGACGACAUUUAGCUCCAGCAGCAGCAUACUGAGGGCAAAGGGGUUAUGAACUUGUCCCAUUGUCUUUGCGUUUCAACAGCUUCUCAUUAUUGGGUUGAUUAUUUUCUAAUACAGCAAUCAUUUCUGGGAAGGUAACUGAAUCUGCCUUUAAUCCUUUAUAUGAGGAGAAGUGGAUUGGUUUUCACUGUCAUCUUGGAUAGACAAAGCAGAAUGUAGUUGGAUGAGAUUCUUUGGUCGGUAUGGGCUGUGCAUAAUGGAGAAGUUACAGAUACGAUGCAUAACUCAAUACACAAGCCACAAUAUGAUACAUAUCUCAAUACAAUGCACUUUCAAUUCAUUACAAUUCAAUACAAAAUAUUUUGCAUUGAUUUGAUACAGGCCAGUCAAAAUUAAAGGCUAUCAGCCCCAUUUUCACAAAAAACAAGAAAACGUUACUAACGCAUGUUACUAACUAGAAGAAUAUAUCAAACUGUUACAUUGGCCUUUGUAUUCAUCCAUAGUGUAUACAACCUCCAUAUUUAGUUGUAGAAAGGGAGAUAUGCUCUAAAGGCUCACACAUAACUACUAAAUCAUGUGACACUAAGUCUUUGUUAAACCACUACCUGCAAAGUUAAUAUGAAAUGCACCCAUUGUAAUAAUCAAAAUGGUGAAUAUGAAUAUAUUACUUCAUCUAAACAAGGAAUAAACAUACUCUUGGUGAUAUAUCGAUACAGCAACCCACAAUAUCAAUACUGUAUCAUCAAAUUAACCAAUGCAAUAUAUAUUAAUAUUUAGAUUUUUUGCACAUCACUAUUGGUCGGCCAUUGCCAAAUCCUUAGAACGUCCACAUAAUGUAGUCUAUGGCCUUUCUUGCAUCUGAUUUUUUAAAUCUAGAAUUUACUUUGCCAUUAAUCUAUGUAGAAAGUGGUCUGCAGGUCUAAUGGAGAAGGGAUUUAAACAUGGGCCAAACUGACUAAAAACUAAACUAAAAUCAGUCUAAAGCUAUGGCCUUUCCAGGACUAAACCAGUGGUACAGUUGGACUGAACCAUCACAUAGUCAACACCAGAAAAACAGCCUUUAUCCUUCCACCGCAAUGAUUAAUCAGAAUAAUUGUGCCUAGACUAUUAAAAUGUAAACUUAUUUUGAUAAAUCUCAUUGUCUGGACUAUACAGACUCUAAAACUCAUGCCAUAAGAUGAGUGGCUUUAUUUACUCAAAAUGUCUAAAAAUAAACAAUUUCAAUCAAUAAUACACUUAAUGUGAAUAUUCUAUAUCUGAAAACCUUCAUUUGGUUAAAGAUUUUUGUUUUUAUCUCAAUGUGCUAUAGACAUAAUUGUCUGACUAGAGAACUACUAACGUAAUUGUUAGCUGCAGCUCUACUUAAACCACAUCAAAACAAAGACAAAACCACUACUAAACGAGGUGACCAGGAUUUCACCUGGACUAAACCAGAUCUGAAAUGUUUCAGUAAAGAUGGAGGAGUCAUCCUUCAAGUCCUUUCCUCUCCUGUGCUAUCUUAAUGCUGAGAUGACUGAAGAGCCAAAAAAGAUAGAUGUUUAUCUGUAUCACAUUGCAAGAUGGGGUCAACCAAAAUAGGGGACAGAGGAGACGGUCAACCUCAAAACAACUUGUUCAGAAAGGAGAUACUUUUACAGUUUUUGAUGACCACAAUGAUACAUGCUGAUCUGACUACUUCCUGUGCUGAGUAAUAGUCCUUGUGUGUGUACUAUCAGUGUUCCUAGCAGUCCUCCUACGGUUGCAUGUUUCUUUGUGUGUUGUGGCCAUCCCGCUAGGAGCCCUGUCUCUAUCUCACUACACUGCUGCUUUGGAAAUUUCCGUAGAGCAGUCCUCUGUUUGGGCCGUGGUUUGGGAGAGGGGUGAGGAUGUGGAGGGCUGUAUUUGUGUGUGUGUGUAUAUGGUGAAUCUAGAGAGGGGGGGGGGGGGGGCAGUACUAGAAGUAGUAGGGAGUUGACUUGUUUAGGAGCAGUGAGACUUUCUCUUUGGUGGGAUAAUGACCCACGCGGUGCAGGGAUUUGUCUGGGACUGUUGGACCUGGGAUCGUCAUGCCUUUCAGCCUGGGACCUACGCUGAGUCUGCUGCAGUGUGAAGGGGCGAACAAUCAGAGCUACACCUGUGAGUCAGGCCACUGCUGUGGGGAGUCCCAGUGCUGCAGCUACUAUUAUGAACUGUGGUGGUUCUGGUUGGUGUGGGCUAUUAUAUUCAUUCUGAGUUGUUGCUGCGUCUGUCACCAUCGGCGCACCAAACACAGACUCCAGCAGCAGCAGCGGCAGCAUGAGAUCAACCUCAUCGCCUAUCGAGAAGCACACAACUACCCGUCUGUGCCCUUCUAUUUCAGGUUUUUGCCAAACUACCUCCUACCUGACUAUGAAGAGGUGGUCAAUAGGCCACCGACUCCUCCUCCUCCGUACAGUGCCUUACACACAGGGCCCACUACAACAGUGACCAGCCCUCUGGCCUCAGAGCAGACAGAGGGACGCUCCGCUAGCAGCAUAUCUACCCCUCUGGCCUCAGUGUCCGACAGCCUGUGCUGCCGGCCCAGCGUAGAAGAGCCGCAGACCCCUACUUUAGCCUUUAGACCCAAACCUGACGACAAGCCGGUCCAGACAGGGCCAGAGUCUGACGUGAUCCUCAUGUCAGAUGGGAGUAGUGAGAACCAGGAAAAACUCAGUGACAGUGGGGACAGCUCAUGCAAGGACGCACUGCUCAAAGAUCUGUCUGAGAACAGUGCAGAGGACAAAGAGCGCCUCCCCAAUGGGCGGAGGAGGCGCUUCACGGGCGACUCUGGGAUUGAGGUGUGCGUGUGUGGCACUAGAGGGAGCGGGGGGUGCAGCGGGGCGGGCGUGGUGGGCCAGGAGCAGGAGGGCAAGGAACUGAGGGAGCUGGAAAGCCUUUUGGGCCCAGAUGAAGAGGAGGAGGAGGGAGGAGAUUUCUGUGACAGCUGUGGGCAUCGUGCCUCCUUCACUGUAGAAGAGGAUCAGGCUCCGGGAGCAGACAGGAGGCCAUCCCGAGGCCCACCGAGUCCGGCUCAGCCUAAUCACCUCAUAGGUAGUCCACCCGUGUGCCUGCUCCUCCACACGAUUAGUGAGCAGGAGGGCAGCCACCACAGCCCCAGCACAGAGCCUCAGGGCUGAGACAACUCACCAGCAUGUCAGGAGCACUACAGGCCUACAUUUGGUUUUCUCAAUCUUCUGACUUUAAUGAAUGUGUGGACACUUGUGGAAGAUGCCGUCUUCAGAUAAAAGGACUGCUCUCCCAGUGUGAACAACAGUGGCCUUCACCUGUGCGGGCUCAUCUUUGGAUGCUGUAGCCUUUUAGCAGCCUGCAUCCAUCCAGACUUUCAACAUUGCACAAAUGCGGUACACAUGGCUCCACGUCUUCUCCAUGCAACAUAAGCUACUGACAGAGAUGUAAACACUUGAUAUAAUGUUUUGAAGGGGCAUUACCAAGCAGUUUGCGAGCCAUUGGAUGGGGGAAACUACUGUAGGUUACAGUUUGGUUGUGUGCAAUGUAUGUGAUUAUGCAAGCCCAAUACUGUAAUGGGACAAAAGUAGUAGUUUCAUCUUUCACAAGUGCUUUUAGGCAAUAACUGUUUGUCUGCCUUUCAUUUUUUGCUGUCUAUUUGAUCUCUUAGUAAUAGGAGCAAUAGUGUAUUACAAUCAUUUUCUAAUUUGCACAGUAUAUUAACUAUUUCUGGAGAAGUUGUCAGUAAGUAAAUCAAUAUACUUAAUUUCAAGUCUUACUUUAUAUUGAGUUGAUUUUUCUGUAGGGGUUUGUUCCUUUGUUAGGACAAGUGUGGGUGAAAAGUAGUGAUUCUUUUGUAAGAUUUGUAUACGAUUCUAUUUAAGUCACUAACAAUUGUGUGUUGAAUGUGUCUUGUGGCAGUAAAGAAAAUCGGUACCAAAACCUUUUCUUUUCUUUUUUUUUUUUUCUACUGACAUGGCAACCUGGCUUGGACCUCUUUUUCUCUUUUUCACCAUGUAUUUGGUAUUGGCCAUGUAUAAAUUCCAAUUCAUUAUAGUAAGCAUAUUUAGCAUGUCUCAUUUGAGCAUUUUCCUUAAAUUGCAGCACUGUUAUUGGAGUUUUUCAUUUGUCCCAUUGCCUUGUUUAGUACAGAAAGAAUGCGACUUCACUUAGUGACAAAAAGUAUGUAUCAUUAUUAGGUUAUAUACUGAAAAUUGACAACAUAUUUAAAACGAUGCAUUUAUUUGUGCACUAUAACAUCCCAUGUUUUUUGCUAGAGGUGGGUCUAUUUGAAUGUUCUCAAUUCAUCUCUUCCAAACGUGUUCAUCAGCUGUCAUGAAUGUAACAAAUGAACCACAGUUUAUAUAAUAAGAGCACAAAUCAGUUGGUUAAAUGAUCCAGCUUUUAUCUAUGUAAAGAUCCAAAGUUUCACUCCACUGUUCUCCCCCAAAGCCCUCAGACCUGCUGUCAUUCUUGUACAGUAGUCGCCCUUUUGACAGAAUAGGCUCGUACUUAAUAUUCAAGCUUUAAUAACUAAAGCUUGAAUCUUUUGAGUCUGGCUCUCAAAAGUGCUUUAAUAUUUAGAAAUAUUUUUAAUAUUUUGGUUUAUGGUACAUGUAGUACAAAGAAGAGCUAUUUUUCAUAUCUGCCUACAAUGUAACUGUUGAAAUGAUAAAACCACUGUUUAUUUAAAUUUGUUUAGACUUUGUAAACUACACAUUUGCUUUCAUAAUCGUUGAAUCAUUAGCUUUAAUGUUAUGGAUGUUUUUGUUCAAUGUGGGUCAGAUUUUCCUCCUGAGAAAGGCCCAACUUGCAUUGAGGAGUUUUGUAAAGCCGUAGAGGGCGUAUGAAUGACUAACAUAAAAGAUGCAGUUUUUGUUCACCAAAUCAGGGGCGUCCUGCCAAAGACUCUGUUUUUCAUCAGUCCGAGGUGGUUUUGCACAUCUUUGAAUGUUCAAAUAACAUAAGCCAUUUAUGACACCAUCAAACGUUGUUUGUUCAAUAAAAAAAAAAAAACUAAA